GACCAGUUCAAGCUGUAUUAAUAAUUACAGCUUAAAUUCUAGAAUCACUUAAAUUGUCCUAUACUCUGUGGUAUGGGCCGAAAUACCUACCCAAGGAGAGACAUAUUGCGAAAUAUAUAUAUUAUAUAUAUGGCGCCAUCACCACAAUGAUAAGUAGAUAUUUCCAACGGCCAAAAAGAUUGCAGCUCUUUCUUUCCCUUCGAACCCUUUUAGAUCAAGAGUCAUAUUAUCGUUAGACCACUCAUUUCCAAUCAUACUGGAUCAUUCGAACAGACACUAUUUUCCUACUCUGUUCCUGGUUGUCUCGAGUGGUUGGCUUAGUUUCAAAUAUCAUUAGUACUGAGUUCCACGGAUUGUGUUCACAGCAGGAGCACACCUCACCCCCUGGAUGGAAAGUAGCGCCUUCCUGUUGCUAUGAAGAGCACAAACCAGGGCAGGAGAAGGAGCGACUUUUGCGACUCGCUGCCUUUUUAGCCUUCCUCCUCUCUCCUCAUACCGCUCAUUUGGCUACAGCUGAAGGACGAUAGCUCCAACCUGAAGGCGUCGACUUCUUUGGAUAAGACUCCAAGAAAAAUGACCCCAGGGCACCAUAAAUUGGAUCUAUCUCUCCUGAGACGACGGCAUAACCCCUCGGCAGCAUCCUCUACGAGCCUUUCCCCGACAGUUCCCAUCCUUGAAUCACCUGUGACAUUCCGGGCCAUGUCGGCUGGAGCUUUUUCGGAGGCCACAAUGGCACAACGAAGCAAGCUCGAUAAACUACCCCCUAGACCUCCCAUGUUCAUGGAGGAAACGGAUGAAGAUGACUCGGUGGCUCCGAACUUGACUCGCCGCUCAUCUCCAGAUCCAGCGUCCCUCGAGGUGGUCCGCAAAAGCGUCGGAGAGGAACCAAUGCGUCAGACGAAGCUUCAGUACUAUGAAGACACAUUUGGCACUCGCCGCCGAGAUCCCAGGGAUCGAGUUGCCCUAGACUCCGUUAUCGUGGCCGAGAUUAAAAUAAGCAAUAUGGUUCUAGACGACGAGCCACUUGCUUCAAUGAUCGCUUCUCGCCUGGCGCAGGCCUAUCAGAAGCCCGAAGGUUCUAUGAUGGUCACUGUGCAACAAAAUGCAUGUAUUCACUUUGGUAUCUCGAAGGAUCCUGCAUACGUGUUGAAAGUUUACGCUGUUCCAUGUCUCAUAGCCACCAUUAUCAACCUUCGCUGCACCAUUAUGAUCCAGUCAGCUCUUAGGGACCUUUUACAGAUCGAGUCCAAUCGAGGCGUGGUCCUAUACCUUCCGGUUCCUGAAGAGAACUUUGCGACAGACGGCGUGACCUACGCGAGCCAAACCACGCGCUAUGAUCAGCGGAGCGAGAAUGAUGACUCUGGUAUCCUCAGAAGCAUCUCGCGAUCCUUGAGUAGAAGGCUGAAAUCGAACAGCGCCCAAAGCGCAGCUCUUUCUGAAGCAACAACUUCUUCAUGGAACCCCGAAGCGAACAUCCGACCGUCAACAUCAGCAAGAGGAAAGGGCACUCCGACUGAUGAUGGCUCUCAAAUGGGAGAAGGGUCUAGCCAAAGCAACGCUAAGAAAUAUAAGAGCCUGCGACACUUCCUUUCCCACCGUGUGAGUCAUCCUCAUGGAGCCUCACGCUGAGAAGUAGUAGCGAAGGGCCUUUUCUCAUUCAUUUUCUUAUUUCCCUCUCAUUCCCCUCUUACGUCUCCCUUGUAUGGUAUAGCUAAGUGAAAGCUUGAUGUCUUUUCUUUUAAGUGAUUCGGCUGGCUCAAACCCAUACGGCAGGGACUUAUUUGUUUGAAUUCGGCAUCAGUUUAAGAUAGCUUAACAUGUAACUCC